ACUGGUCUCCAGGUGAGGGAGGGUUUAUGCCAGGAACCUUCCCCAAGCUCCCAGGGUUGGUAGGAACCUCACAUCCCAUUUUACAGAUGAGAAGACUGAGGCCCAGAGGGAGAAUGCAACGACCAAAAUUGUGUCUCCAUUCUGGGGCUGCUCCUGGUCUUUCUUCCUGGUCCCCCUGCCUUCCAGAAGGGGGGAAUUUGGGCAGCAUGGGAGUGCAGGAGAGGGCUAGUUCCAUUGGCUGAUCAUCCCCACGGGGGCAUCUGUCUACCACUUUUUAAAGAAAUUGGCUGUCAGGCCCCAGGAGUCUCUUGGUUGGCCCCAAAACACAGAUUUGGAGGCAGAAGUCCAGCAAGCAGGAGCAGCAGGCCCAACCUUGGGGCUGGAGCCGGGAUAGAACUGGAGCAGGAUGGACCUCAGGGUGGUGUGCAGAUGGGUGGUGGGGAGGAGAAGGGCUGCGUGACCCUCACAAAUGUCCCCUCCUUGCCCCAGAUGGCUUCCUCCACCAGUCUCACGUGCCCUACCGACAGCCUGGAACUCUUGGAUCUCCUGUUUGACCGGCAGGACGGCAUCCUGAGACACAUAGAGCUGGGCGAGGACUGGGGCCACGUUGAGGACCAGGUCCUGCCAGGCCCGAACUCUGAUGAUUUCCUCAACUCCAUCCUGGGUUCUGGCGAAUCAGUGCCCAGCUCCCCGACCUGGUCUCCUGCGGCCAGUGACAGUGGCAUCUCAGAAGAUCUGCCCUCCGACCCCCAGGACACCCCUCCACACAGUGGGGUGGCUGCCACCCCGGUCAGCUGCCAUAGCACAGAGUCUGGCAAGGGGCCCUGCCCCUCCUACCAUACUGGCCCUGCCUGCCCCACCAGUAACCUUGGGCCAGUGGCCCAAGGGCUUGAGGCUUCCGUUGCCAUAGACCUGGAAAUGUGGAGCCCAGGCCUGUACGCCGGGGAGCAGGCUGAGCUGGCCAACUCACCCCCACACUGCAACCUCACAGUGAAAGACCUCCUCCUCUCUGGCAGUGGCGGGGACUUGCAACAUAACCUGGCAGCCCCCAACCUGUUGCGCCUUGGGACCGGGCACAGCCAGGAGCUGGUGCUGACAGAGGACGAGAAGAAGCUGUUGGCCAAAGAAGGCAUCACCCUGCCCACCCAGCUUCCCCUCACCAAGUAUGAGGAGCGAGUGCUGAAGAAAAUCCGCCGGAAAAUUCGGAACAAACAGUCAGCCCAAGAAAGCCGGAAAAAGAAGAAGGAAUAUAUUGAUGGCCUGGAAACUCGGAUGUCAGCCUGCACUGCCCAGAACCAGGAACUUCAGAGGAAGGUCUUGCAUCUUGAGAAGCAGAACCUGUCCCUCUUGGAGCAGCUGAAGAAACUCCAGGCCAUCGUGGUCCAGUCCACCAGCAAGUCGGCUCAGACGGGCACCUGCAUAGCGGUCCUGCUCUUCUCCUUUGCCCUCAUCAUCCUCCCCUCCAUCAGCCCUUUCGCCUCCAACAAAGCCGAGAGCCCCGGAGACUUCGUGCCUGUUCGAGUUUUCUCCAGAACUUUGCACAACGACGCUGCAUCCCGUGUGGCUCCCAACACCGUGCCAGGCUCCGAAACCCCAGGACAUGGGCCCAAGGCUGGCACGCUUCAGGAAGGGUCUCCAAGCAGCCCUCGGGGGGAAUGGGGAUCCCGGGACCCGCCGGCUCCGGACAACUCGACGGAGGAUCUGGACAACGGGACCCUGGUCCAGGGCAACUCCAUGAAGGAGCUGGACCGGGCCGCCCUCCUAGACUGUGCCCGGCCUGAACAAGCACUUGGCCCAGGGCGCGUGGGGCUGGAGGUAGCAGUGGGGGAGCUGUGAGCACCAUGGGUACGUGCCCCCAGGCCCCUCUAGUCAGGGGUGCUGCAGUGGACAGAGACAGGCACAGGGAUCCGAGGUGAGGGAGAGACCCCGGCGAUGGUGUCAGGAUGGAGACGCGCAGACUCACAGCUUCAGACCCAGGUACCCAGGCCCAUGCAGAAACUGAUGCUCAGACACAGACCAUAAGGCCACAAAGCCUGAGAAAUACACGUACAGACCCAGGUGCAGAAGGAAACAGGAAGACAGACACUGACUGAUCCACAGCCCCAGAGAGACAGGCCUCGGUAACUCCCCGCUCAGGGACUCCUGCCUGCCCCCUGGAACACAGGGAGGAGGAAGCGGCCAAGUCUGCUGGGACCCUGGCCCUGGAGCACGGGCUGAGCUCUGAACUUCGGGGCCGCCAUGGCUCACAGCUCUUCCCUUUUUCUAAGACUGCUAUGGUCCUUAAUAAAGUAUUUUGAGAGAA